GAAGCGAGAGGAGAGCGCGAUGGAGAGCUAUCUCAAUGAGAAUUUCGGGGGGGUGAAGUCGAAGCACUCCUCGGAUGAGGUGCUGCAGCGGUGGCGGAAGCUCUGCGGCGUCGUCAAGAACCCCAAGCGCCGCUUCCGCUUCACCGCCAAUCUCUCCAAGCGCUCCGAGGCCCGGGCGAUGAAGCGCUCCAACCAGGAGAAGUUGCGGGUUGCUGUUUUGGUUUCAAAAGCUGCACUUCAGUUUAUACAUGGCAUUACAUUGCAUAGCGAGUACACUGUACCAGCUGAAGUAAAGGCUGCGGGCUUCGAGAUAUGUGCCGAGGAAUUAAGUUCAAUCGUCGAAGGCCAUGAUCUGAAGAAGUUAAAAGCGCAUGGUGGUGUAGCUGGUGUAGCGGACAAGCUAUCCACAUCAACAAAUGAUGGGCUUAUUACUCAGGAGGAUAGAAUAACAGUGAGGCAGCAGAUAUACGGAAUAAAUAAGUUCGCUGAAAGCCAAGCCAGGAGCUUUUGGGUGUUUGUAUGGGAAGCACUUCAAGAUAUGACCCUCAUUAUUCUUGCAGUGUGUGCCUUGGUUUCCUUAAUCGUAGGGAUUGCUACCGAAGGAUGGCCAAAAGGUGCUCACGAUGGCCUUGGCAUUGUUGCAAGUAUUCUUUUAGUUGUCUUUGUCACAGCAACAAGUGAUUAUCGCCAAUCUUUGCAGUUCAAGGAUUUGGAUAAGGAGAAAAAGAAAAUAUCUAUACAAGUUACUCGAGAUGGAUUUCGACAGAAGAUAUCAAUAUAUGAUCUUCUUCCUGGUGAUGUAGUACACCUUGCUAUAGGAGAUCAGGUCCCAACUGAUGGUUUGUUCAUAUCCGGUUUCUCUUUAUUAAUUAAUGAAUCCAGUUUGACAGGAGAGAGUGAACCUGUGGCUGUUAGUACAGAAAAUCCUUUCCUUCUAUCUGGGACUAAGGUUCAAGAUGGUUCCUGUAAAAUGUUAGUUACCACUGUUGGCAUGAGAACCCAAUGGGGUAAGCUAAUGGCCACACUUAGUGAAGGUGGAGAUGACGAAACUCCAUUGCAAGUGAAAUUGAAUGGAGUUGCUACUAUUAUCGGAAAAAUUGGUCUAUUUUUUGCUGUUGUCACAUUUGCAGUGUUAAGUGAGGGCCUAAUCCGGCAUAAAUUCCGAGAUGGUUCAUACUUUAGCUGGUCUGGAGAUGAUGCAUUGGAGUUGUUGGAAUUUUUCGCGAUCGCAGUUACUAUAGUAGUUGUUGCAGUUCCUGAAGGGCUUCCACUCGCUGUUACUUUAAGCCUUGCUUUUGCCAUGAAAAAAAUGAUGAACGAUAAAGCACUUGUUCGCCACCUCGCAGCGUGUGAGACUAUGGGUUCAGCCACUACCAUUUGUAGUGAUAAGACAGGAACGCUAACGACCAACCACAUGACUGUUGUAAAGGCUUGCGUAUGUGGAAAUAUCAAGGAAGUAAGUAAUUCUAAGGAAGCUAUUAGUAUUUGCUCUGAUAUUCCAGAUUCUGUUGUGAAAAUUUUGCUGCAGUCUAUAUUUAAUAACACUGGUGGAGAGGUUGUGACUAACCAAGAUGGUAAGCUUGAGAUUCUUGGAACACCAACAGAAACAGCUUUACUAGAAUUUGGGCUGUCACUGGGUGGAAAUUUUCAAGUUGUUCGCAAGGAAAGUAGCCUUAUCAAGGUUGAGCCUUUCAAUUCUCUGAAAAAGAGAAUGGGAGUGGUGCUUCAGCUUCCUGGAGGCAUAUAUCAUGCCCAUACUAAAGGUGCUUCGGAAAUUAUAUUGGCUGCUUGUGAUAAAGUAUUGGACUCUACAGGUAACGCUGUUCCUCUUGAUGAAACAGCGGUUAGUCAUCUCAAGGGUACAAUUGAAAGCUUUGCUAAUGAAGCACUUCGUACUCUUUGCCUUGCGUAUAUGGAGAUUGAAAAUGGUUUCUCAGUUGGGGAACAAAUUCCUUUAAGUGGAUACACUUGUAUUGGAAUUGUGGGUAUUAAAGAUCCUGUUCGACCUGGUGUAAAGGAAUCGGUUGCUAUUUGUAGGAAUGCGGGUAUUACAGUGCGAAUGGUAACGGGAGAUAACAUAAAUACGGCAAAAGCGAUUGCUCGAGAAUGUGGGAUACUUACGGAUGAUGGGCUAGCUAUUGAAGGCCCAGAAUUCAGAACAAAGAGUCUAGAGGAAUUAAAUGCUUUGAUUCCAAAACUUCAGGUGAUGGCUAGAUCUUCACCGUUAGAUAAGCAUAACUUGGUGAAGCAUCUGCGCACCACAUUCGAUGAAGUUGUUGCCGUGACUGGGGAUGGUACAAAUGAUGCUCCAGCUCUUCAUGAGGCAGAUAUUGGGCUUGCAAUGGGUAUUGCAGGAACUGAGGUGGCAAAAGAAAGUGCUGAUGUCAUUAUUCUCGAUGACAACUUUUCAACUAUUGUCACCGUGGGAAAAUGGGGACGAUCUGUGUACAUAAAUAUUCAGAAGUUUGUGCAGUUUCAGCUAACCGUUAAUGUGGUAGCUCUAAUCGUGAAUUUCUCUUCGGCAUGCUUAACAGGUAAUGCUCCUCUAACUGCUGUCCAGCUGCUUUGGGUCAACAUGAUCAUGGAUACACUUGGAGCACUUGCGUUAGCUACUGAGCCGCCGAAUAAUGAUCUGAUGAAAAGAGCUCCAGUCGGAAGGAAAGGAAAUUUCAUUAGCAAUGUGAUGUGGAGGAAUAUUCUAGGACAAGCCUUAUAUCAGUUUGUCGUGAUAUGGUAUCUCCAGACCGAAGGAAAAGGGCUGUUUCGACUUGAGGGCCUGAACUCUGAUGCUACACUGAAUACUCUUAUAUUCAAUUCUUUCGUGUUUUGUCAGGUUUUUAAUGAGAUCAGCUCCAGAGAGAUGGAGAAGAUCAAUGUAUUCGAGGGCAUCUUGGAGAACUGCGUAUUCGUGGCUGUGAUUGUGAGCACCGUCAUCUUCCAAUUUAUAAUCGUCCAAUUCCUUGGAGAUUUUGCGAACACGACCCCACUAACCUUUAUGCAGUGGUUCACUAGCAUCUUCGUCGGCUUUCUCAGCAUGCCUAUCGCUGCUGCAGUUAAAUUAAUCCCUGUUGACGCCUAAUAAUAAAUCGGUAGUAGCACGAAAACUAAAUUUGUAGUUAGCAGGAGUGUGGAAUUUUUUUUUCCUAAAAUGUCUAUUUUUCUCUUCACGAUCAUUGUAUGUGCAUUUUUACCCAUUUUUUUGGUGCUUUUGAGAGCUAACCAUCCCAAGUUGAUAACUAUAUAUUGUACUCAGAAGGGUCAGAUCUCCCUAUUAGGAUUUUUCUUUUUCUUUUUUUCUUUUUUUUGGUUUACAUGGUAAUGCUGAAACUAUAUCAGGCUGGGCAACAGCUGCCACUGCCUCAAUGUAAUUCCCUUCUCGCUUUAAUUGAGUAAUGUUUCUUUUGCAAACUUGCCCAAGAGAAGAAUAA